AUGGCGACGCACGGGCUCAGCUUUGAGAGUUCGGGCAGCAUCGAGGAAAGGAAAGAAAAGAAGCGACAGGCGCGCCAAGAGGCGAUAGAAAAGGCAAAGCAGCAGUAUGAGAAGGAAGAGAGGAGAAAGGAGCUGAAGAGGCAGCGAGGGGAGGACACUUGGAUUCUUCCCGAAGUCAGCCAGAGGCUGGAGCAGAUAGAGGACGAGGGAACAGUCAGCAGCAAAAAGAAGAAAGAGAAAAAAAGCAAGAAGAAAAAAGAGAAGAAGAAAAAAGUCAAGAAGGAGAAGAAAGCAGCAGAAGAAGGAAACGGCUCCAGUGGCAGUUCACAGGACUCGGAGGAGGAGUGGGUUGAGGCUCAGCCACAGCCUGCCAAAGCAUGGAAGGUACCAGAGGCGUCCAAGGCUCCAGAGGGCGGCCUCAGCCCUGCACACAACGUCCAGAGAGACGAAUGGAUGACUUUUGAUUUCCUGGCUAUGAAAACCACGUCCACUGCAGACAGACGGGCGGAGAAAGACCGACAGAAAGAGGAAGAGAGAGCCAAGGCUCAGGCCAUUGAACAGGCUGGUUUGCACAAGCGGGAGCUGAACCCGUACUGGAAAGACGGGGGAACUGGUCUACCUCCGGAGGACCUAGCUGGUACUGCCGACAAGAAAGCCGGUCCGGUAGUGAAUGACGGUGGCCUGAGCUGGCUGAGGAAGAGCUACCAGAGGAUGAAGGAGCAAGCGGAGAGGGAGCAGCGCAGCCUCAGUGAGAUUGUAGCUCAGAGAUACGGGUCAAUGGAGGAAUUCCAGAAGAGGCUCGCCGACGCCGAGAAAGCCGUGCACGGCCAUAGCAGAGGCGGCAGAGAGCGUCCAGCAAGGGACGGAUGGAGGAAAGGAGAGGAGGAUGACGGUGGGAGGUGGGGGAGAAGAGAGGGGGAUAGGCAGGAUCGAGAUCGGUGGAGAAAGAGUGAAGAAGACUCGUCGCCCCGAGAGCGAGAGAGUUACAGGAGGGGAGACGAGAGGGAGCGGCAUCGAGGUAGAGAGGACGACAGGGGCCGGGACGGAGACAGGCACAGGGAUAGAGACAGAGGACGAGACGAUGACAGAGGCAAACACAGGGACAGAGAGAAAGAAAGAGACGGGGACAGGAAUAAAGAGAAAGACGUCAGCACACAAUCAUCGUCAUCAUCAUCAUCAUCUGGAGAGAGUUGGAAUCACCGCUCUGCGUCUCUGGGCUCGCUGAAAGGCCGUUUCCUCAAACCAUCAGACGAGAACGACGCCGAUGAAGCUCCUCGCCGUCCUCAGCCAUCCGCCAGCUUUCUGAAACCCAGCUCCGACGAUGAGGACUCUCUCCCGAGGAAGAGUAGCGGUCCAGCCUGGAAAACCCGCGGCACAUCUUCCCAUAAACCUGACGGGGCUGAAAACCCCCAGCAGGAGGGCAAGACGCAGCCAGGGAGGGCCGCAAACUCUCCUCACGCUGCGCCACCAUCAAGGACUGAGGCUGAAAGUGAGGAGGAGGAGGAGGAGGAGGCAGAAGAAGAGAUUCCACUGCUGUCAGAGGAAGAGAUGAACAGGCUGGGGUCAAAGCUGAUAAAGGCAGAGAUCAUGGGCAAUACGGCAAUGGUUGAGAAGCUGAAGUCACAGCUGGAAGCUGCUCACAAAGCAAAGGAGAUUCAUGCUGCCAGAAGGAAGGAGCAUGAAGCAGCCAAGUUGAAGCAGGUCACCACUCACUCGAGGGAAGACCAGGAGGUUUUGCUGUUCAGGACGGAUGAGUCGGGUCGGGCCUGGCCUGUGAAGGGUCCCGGCGGACCCCAGGAGCCCCACGGAGGACGCCGGAAGAAGAAACCGAUUGAGACCCACGUCGACGGGCAGCGCGUUCGCUACUUCAAGGACGACGACAGCGUUGGACUGCAGGAGAUGGUGAGGAGGGAGAAGAUGAGCUCCGCACAAGACCAGCAUGCGCUUUAUUCACGUAUGGCUGCAAAGAUGAUGGGAAAGACGGACGGCGACAACUACACACUGGACGACAUGUUCGUGUCGAGUGCAGCGCAGCGGGAGGGCGAGGGCAGGGAGGAGGAGAGGAUGAGGAGCAGAGCCAUAGGGGAGAGCCGGAGGCUGGCCGCCUCCAUGGACAAGUGCCCUCGUUGUUUCAGCAGCCAAGAGCUCCCCAAGCAUCUGAUAGUGGCCAUAGGGAGCAAGGUUUACCUGAGCCUGCCUGCAGGAGUGUCCAUGACCGAAGGCCACUGUCUCAUCUGUCCUCUCCAGCAUCACUCCUCUGCCACCGGAUUGGAUGAGGACGUCUGGUCUGAAAUGCAGCUGUUCCGACGAACCUUGGUGCGAAUGUUUGAGUCGCAGGAGCUCGACUGCGUGUUUAUGGAAACACACAUGAACCUUCGCAGAAAACAGCACAUGGUCCUGGAGUGCAUCCCGCUGCCGAGGGAGCUGGGCGACAUGGCGCCCAUAUACUUCAAGAAAGCCAUCAUGGAGUGUGAUGAGGAGUGGGCCAUGAACAAGAAGCUUGUGGACCUCUCUUCAAAAGACAUCCGGAGAGCUGUCCCUCGGGGUCUGCCAUACUUUGCGGUAGAUUUCGGACUGCAGGGAGGCUUUGCCCAUGUCAUUGAAAAUGAACAGAAGUUUCCUCAUUACUUUGGCAAGGAAGUGGUCGGAGGCAUGAUGGACCUGGAGCCGCGGCGCUGGAGAAAGCUCAUCAGAGAAAACUUUGACGACCAGAGGAAAAAGGUCCUGCAGUUUGCACAGUGGUGGAAACCGUACGACUGCACCAAAGCCGAGGGCUAACCGGAGAUGUUAGGAAUCUAUCGCACUAGGAGUUUAUAAUGUGUACAUUUAUGCUAAAAUAAAAAUAAAUCGAAUCAUUUUAAA